AUGUGGCACAAAGAUUCAAGGUUGUUCUCGUUGCUCCCGCACACAGUGCUCAUCUUCUGCACCUUUGCUGCGGCGCAAAAAACUACAACCGAGGGAAAGAACUCGCUCAAAGAAUUACGCUUCGAGCGCACUUCGCUGUACCCAACGGAUCUUGCUUCCAUUGCCGUGGAUGAGCUGGACAAGAAGCUCCUGACAGAAGCGGCAAAAGGUCUGUACGACUACUACGAGGGGGAAGCACUUAUAGCGGAGCUACGACAGUUUCCGGAAGCGCGCCAGGAGUUUCGAAACCUGGACGGCGGCGGAAGGCGGUCAGAGUUUUUUCUUCGGUGGCAGAAAACGCAGGCCGGUCUAGUCGAGGAUGUCUCCCCAGAAAUCUGGGACUACAAGGGCGAGGUGUUGUGGAGUGCGGUGUUGUUAAGCAGAAAUCAAACGGCGAAGUGUGACGCUGAGCCAAGCGCGGCUGUAGGCGCAGAUGGAUCUUCUACAGCUUCGGCGCAGAAACUACAAACUUGCAGCUCCAGCACAGGAGAGGCGGCGUUGGUAGGCUCAUCAGAACAGUACGCGCUUCCAACGGGCAUUUUAGCAACGCUACAAGCGAUGUACAGCAGCGCCUUCUCUCUCCGUGCGGUCCCACCAAAACAUCAGCCCUCGCUGCUGGAAGUAAGAUAUUUGCAGAAACGAAUAAAACAGUUGACGACCGCGUACUUCCAGAAAAAGCUGCCGACGCCGAUGAAACACCUGGAAGUUUUUCUACAUGUGGAGGUCCUUCUACCGCUCAGUGGCAACAUCCGUCCGCACGUGCACGCGGGGGCGAUUCUCGCGGGGAUGUUUUUCUGCGAUCUGCAGCCAGACGAGGAGAUUGUGGUGCAGUUCUACGAUCCGCGCGGCGCGGUGCCGCCGUUUGGGGCCACGCAUUUCGUAUAUCCGGCGGCGGGAGAGCUCGUGCUGUAUCCGUCCUGGCUCUCGCACUCGGUCGCUUGGAGUUUGAGAGGGGGGAACAGGAAAAAGAAAAGCAGUCGGCGGAUUCACGUCUGGCACGCCUUAGUGUACGAUGAGCGGCAACACAUAGACUGGGAGGCCGACUUAGCGUCCAGCUUCAUCAGCAACUCGGUCACAACAGUGAUGUUGCCGCCGCUCGACAGAACUGUAUUGCAUAAGUUGUGAUGGUAAUUUGAAUGCAAUGUGAUAGUGAUACUAGCCUUAUCCCGCUUCCCGUGUCCAGUAACCUGCAGACUUAAUAGUAUUCCGCUAGAUGAAUGGUAGCACUCAGCGUCUUUCUGUGGAAAAUCGUCGUCGGCGCUUCAGCACAGGCAGGCCCAUCUGCCUGCGAUUUUCAAAGCGCCAGAACGGCUUGGCCACGAUCCGGCACCGGCGCGGCUGGCAGGUUGGCCGUUGCCGCCAUCUUGCAUGCUGGCACCG